AUGCCAAUCUGUGAGGGCUGCUGCUCAGUGUUCACUGAGAGUGGUUACUCCCAUCACCUCGCACAAACUACGAAUCCAUCCUGUGUCAAUAUCUAUGAAGAAAUGCAUACCUGUGUGGCGAGUGACUCACCAGAACAGGAUGGGGAUAUCAAAGAGGAGAAUGACGAGGAAGGUGAUAACAAGGAGGAGAACGAUGAGGAAGUCGACAACAAUGCUACUGGCGAUGGGAUUGUUCGGCGUGGUCAUCCUCUGGUGGCAUGCUACAUUGGAGAUUACCCAGAGCAACUGCUGGUGACCGGCAUGAAGACUGGAGAGUGUCCAAAAUGUGACAUACCUUCGAUGGAGCUUGGUAGCAAAGAUCAUCCAUUCGAGCUGCGGGACUUGGAUGAGAUUUUGGAUGCACUGGCAUUGGCUGAUGAACAUCCGACUCAGUUUGGGAGAGCUUGUCGUGAUGCAGGCAUGAAACCUCUGUAUCAUCCUUUCUGGGAGGAACUCCCGCACUGCAAUAUCUAUCACACGAUCACGCCAGAUGUCCUCCACCAAUUGUACCAAGGCCCGGUCAAGCAUCUCAUUGCCUGGAUUAAAUCAGCUUGCGGCGAGGCAGAAAUAGAUGCGCGCUGCAAAUGGCUCCCUCCAAACCACAACAUCCACCUCUUCAUGAAAGGCAUCUCACAAAUAUGCCAAUUUCUACUUGGCAUCAUCCUUGACAUCUGUUUGCCUGACAACACUUCCACAGUUAGACUUGUCCAUGCUGUACUCGGGAUACUCGACUUUUUGUAUCUCGCUCAAUACCCAUCUAUCUUCGUCAAUUUAGGUAUCCGUGCAUCAUUUAACCUCCCAAAACUCCAUUCAUUCCAGCACUAUAAAAUCAUGUGGCAUGAUAAAUUCAUUCAAUGGCAACUCAGACUCCAGCUGAACUCCCAAUCACAUCAUCCCCUACACCACUCUGACAUCAUAUAUUCCCAACAACUGAAGGUGGCAAAGCAUCCGUCCAUCAAACGAGUGCCAUUGGCAUCACUAGCUGAACAUUAUGUGGCGUGUUUCAUAGUCCAAGUCAUGCACCCCAAUUUGACUGCAAGGCAGUCUGAAGAUGCGGCCUGCGACAUCACCCUUCUGUUCCAGUCAGUAUCAGUCUUCCACAAAGUCCAUUAUGGUGCUGUUCAUGAUGAUGGUAGCAUGGUAAAUAAUGAUACUGUCGACACAAUACACACAUGGCCUGUGCGACACGAUGGCCAUGACAGGAGAGUGCCUGCAAGGUUUGAUACGGCACUUAUUAAUCUGGGCAAUGGCAACAAAACGGGCGUGGAAGGAUAUCGUGUUGCGCAAGUUCGUUUCAUAUUCGCACUGUUGGCCAAUGUCAAGCGGGCUCUAUUUCACAAGGUUAAUGUCCCUGAUCACCUUGCAUACAUCGAGUGGUUCACACCCUUCCCUGCCACCCCAAACAUUAAUCAUGGGAUGUAUAGCAUCUCGCGCGCACUUCAGGAUGGUGAGAGGCAAGCAAGCAUUAUUCCUGUGCGUAAUAUUUGCCACUUGGUGCACUUAAUUCCUAAGUUUGGUGCGGCGGCCCUGCAUGACUGGACUAUGAGCAAUGUAUUGGAUCAGUGUAGUAUAUUCUUUGUUAACAACUUUACUGACAGACAUGUGUAUGUGACUAUAUUGUAG